CGGAAAAAAGAGAGAGUGUUCUCAUCUAUUGACGCGCGCAUCGGCGGAUCCGCCGCCGCUUCUCGCUUUUCCGCGACGACAGCGAGAUCUCGCGGCAGUUUCUGUUUCGGUUUCGCGACUUCGCGAACGAGACGAGAGUUGACGCGAGUGCCUCUCGUUCGCGGGCUUUUGUUGUGUCUGCUUGUAUUGCGCCGUUGCUGGGCUUACAGCUGCGAGAUACUGAGCACAGCACAAUGGCGAGCUUUUCAGAAGACGAGGAAAUGUCGGAAGAAGAAGAAAUUGUCACGAUUCUCCUCUGCAACUCAAUGACGGCUAUGCUUCAAGAGCUGCGACGGGCUGAGCAACCAAGAUCGCAGCGGCGGCGACGACGGUGGUGGGUCCGCCCGUCCUUGCAGGAGCGGGAUAGGUUGGGACAGGCGAACAAUCUCUUGCCACUGCUUCGCGAUCGAGACGUCGAGUACUACAGAGACUUCCUGCGCAUGUCACCCAGCAGCUUUGACACACUGAUGGAGCUCCUUGGCCCCCGCAUCGCAAAAAAAGACACGCGGUUUCGCAAGGCUAUACUUCCAGACCACCGCCUGGCGCAAGUUAUUAGAUUACUGGCUGUUGGUGAUACCCUGCGGUCAUCUGCCUUUAAUUCCUUGGCUGGCAGGUCCACAACGUGCAACCUUGUUUCAGAGGUGUGCCUGGCCAUUUGGGAAGUGCUUGGCCCUAUAUAUGUUAUAACGCCAUCAUCUCCAGAUGAAUGGUUGAGGGUCUCCGAAGAGUUUGAGCGCAUCUGGAACAUGCCACACUGCCUAGGCGCAAUAGAUGGAAAGCAUGUCAAUAUUGAGUGCCCGAACAAUUCAGGCAGUGUGGACAGAAACUAUAAGAAUGCUUUCAGCAAGUCGAUGCUUGCAAUCAGUGAUGCACACUACAGGUUCUUGUUUGCAGAAGUAGGCCACAAUGGCAGCGAAUCAGAUGGGGGUAAUUUUGGCCGGAGCCCAUUCUUCAAAAGAGUUGACCAACGCCUGCAAGGGAUUCCUGAAGACUCUCUUUUGGCAGACAUUGGCAGCACGCCCUACUUCUUUGUAGGAGACGAAGCGUUUUUUCUGAAAACCUACCUCAUGAGGCCGUAUGCAAGGAAGAGUCUACCCCCUUUGUUUGGAAACUGUGUUGACGGGCAAGCUCAGCAACCAGAUGUUCAGGGAGCACCAAGUCAAUUUUCACAGCUACAAGAAAAAAGAAUUUUCAACUAUAGACUGAGCAGGGCUCGACGAGUUGUCGAAAAUGCCUUUGGGAUUCUGGCCCAAAGGUGGCGCAUCCUGCGCCGGCCAUUUAAAGCCAAAGAUGAAAAUGUCAGACGGAUUAUAUCAGCGUGUGUAUGCUUGCACAAUUUUCUGAUGACAGAAACAGCUUCCUCUCGUGCAGUUUACUGCCCACCAGUAACUACUGAUUAUGAAGAUUGGCAGAGACGUCAAACCGAUGGAACAUGGAGGCAAGAGGCGGAUGAGAAUGGCGGACUGACUCCUGUGCCUGCCACAGGUUAUCACCCAACGAGGCUUGCCUACACUACACGAGACAGGCUUUGCAAACACUUCAUCGGAAGCGGCAAGGUCCCCUGGCAAGAGGAGAUGAUCAGGAGCACCAGAGUAUAGUAAUGUUGCAGCAGCUGCUGGUGUCGCUGAGCGACUUGACGGAACUGAGGAGCCAGAAGUUCCCGGCACCUCAUCUUGGUCCUGGAGAUUUCUGUUUCCAGUGCACAACAGUUAUUAAAUGAAUAAACCUAUAAUUAUUUGACGGCCUAA